CCCGUUUAAAACAGCAGCAGCUUCAGAUCCCUCACUGAGGAAAAGCAUACUGUCAAGGUCCACUGGUAACACUCAUCUUCGAACAGAGAAAAACAUCAGACCAGUGCACGUAUGGACAAAUCUGCUUCCAUGGAGGCUAACCACAGUAAUCCAACUGGAAGCACCCAGCCUUCCUUAUCUGCAGAGCGAUCUCAGGAGCACAUUUAUGAGGUGGCCGUGCAGAGCAACUCCACCAACCACAGCUCCCAGUUUGCAGAUGUGGCCCUGCUACAGACGUUCAAGCCUCUCAUCAUCCCUUGUUACGUGCUCGUGGUGGUGGUGGGCGUCGUUGGGAACUAUCUGCUCCUCUACGUCAUCUGCCGUACCCGCAAGAUGCACAACGUCACCAACUUCUUCAUUGGAAACCUGGCCUUCUCAGACAUGCUCAUGUGUGUGACCUGUAUCCCCUUCACUCUGGCCUACGCCUUCAAUCCACACGGUUGGGUCUUUGGCCGCUGCAUGUGCUACCUGGUCUUCCUCAUCCAACCAGUCACAGUGUACGUUUCUGUCUUCACGCUCACAGCAAUUGCUGUGGACAGAUAUUACGCCACAGUUCACCCUCUGAAGAAGCGGACCACUGUGGCCACCUGUACCUACGUCCUCACUGGAAUCUGGCUGCUGUCCUGUGGCCUGGUGGCUCCGGCAGUGACUCACACCUACCACGUUGAGUUCAAAGAGGAAGGCUUCACUAUCUGUGAGGAGUUCUGGUUGGGUCAGGAAAAGGAAAGACGGGCCUAUGCCUACAGCACCUUGCUGAUCACGUACAUCCUCCCCCUUUCGGCUGUCUUUGUCUCCUACCUCUGCAUCACCGUCAAACUGAAGAAGUGCGUUGCCCCUGGAAACAGGACGCAAGAUCAGGUGGGCAUUCACCAGGCCCGAAAGAGGAAGAUCUUUCGCCUUGUUGCUCUCCUUGUGUCUGCCUUUGCAGUUUGCUGGCUUCCCAUCCAUGUGUUCAACGUACUGAGAGACAUUGACAUCCACCUGAUAAACAAGCAGUACUUUUUACUCAUCCAGCUGCUGUGCCAUCUGUGCGCUAUGAGCUCCUCCUGCUGCAACCCCUUCCUCUACGCAUGGCUACACGAUCGAUUCCGCACGGAGCUUAGGAAGAUGCUGAAAUGCAACCAUCGCAUUGGAGUCCCCACCAGCCACUGUGCAGCUGGUGUGGUUUUGUAACCUGCUUAUUUGCUUAUUUAUAUGUUGUGCAUUUGGGAACUUACCCACUACAUUUAUGAGCAUAAAGUAUAAAGUGCAGCUCAGCCAUCAGCUUUGCUGGGAAGAAACAUCUUUAAUGCCUAGCUAUUCUUAUCUUGCAAUCUGGCAAAGAUGAAAGAGGUAAUCCAGCUUCUUUUACCCUUUUCUCAUCAGAAUGAUGCGGCUGAUCAGCUAUUUCUGCCUGGAAGUGAGCUACACUUUGAGAAGCUUGUGGAGCAAGAGAUUUGAGGAGAAAGUUGUUUUUUAUCUAACAGCUACUGAUCUCAGUUGUCUUUUUCACUUUUUGGGGUAGCACCUGUUGAUGUUUUUAUUUAUUAUUUGGCUAGAAAUUAUUGGUUCCAUGUUGAGCACAGCACAGUUAAGCAAAACCUGCUGUCUAAUAAACAACAUUCAAAGCAUAAUCUGGCCUUUAUUUAGCACCACUGCCCAUUACUCAACUCCAACAGAUGUGGAUUAGGUGCUACCCGGUGUUCAAAAAGUGUGGUGCCGCCAGACUUUGUUUUUUUCACUCAGAGAAAUUGCAUGUACGUUAAUUUAAAACUUUUGUAUAUAGUACAGCUACAAUGUCCAUCUUGAGUUUGUAUAUAUGUACAUGAAACCUAAUAAAAAUGUCCUCAUGAGUGGAGACAGUAUAUUAGAACUUCUUUUGUUGAACAUCUAAAAGUGAUGAUGAGUGCUUCAUUUUAAACGCAUGCUCAUAUAGAGAUUGAAGGGCUGUUCAGAUUUACUUACUAACUAUGCUUCUGGCACCUGGUGGCACCAGACUUUUUGAACACCAGGUGGCACCUAAUAAAUGUCUGCUGGUGUUUAUUAAACGUGUAGUGGCAAUAAAUAAACAGAUGGAACUUUUAAUGGUGUUUAUUAGAUGCCAGGUGACACUGCUCAAAACCAACCAGGAAGGAGGUAAUAAUAAUGAAGUCUCUCGCUCAAAUGUGAGCUCAUAUGUUGAAGAAAGUUGUUUUUUAUCAACAGAACUUAAUUUCCUAAUAUUUCCAAGGUUUUACACAUGUUCCCAUUGUAUUGUGUUUACAUUGCAGUGAUUAUUAUGGUGAGGAGGACAUCUAAACAAAUAUUGUCCAUAAGGCAGUAGCUUGGACACUUAAUGGACCAACACAGUUCCGGUUCAAAAGCUCAACAAGAAGGCUCUGCAGUGGCAGACAAAGGCAUAGCUGGAAGUCAUGAAUAAAGCUCACACACAAAUGUGAUUGAAAUAUUGACCAAUCCCAUGCAGUCUAUUACAGAGAGCUGUGUAAAAAUGAGCUUUGUGAUAAAAUUCAUAUUAGACAGUAAUAUGAGAAAGCUGGUGGAAGCUGUAACUGUUACAGAUUUGUGUACUUGACUUGUAAACUGUACGAUUCGACUGAACUGACUUUGUAAAGUGCCUUGAGACGACGUGUUGUGAAU